CUUAUAAUUUAAACUAGUUAUGAUCAAGUUAUGUUUCCCCUUAAAGUCAUCUACAUAGUUUAAUUUUUCAACCUGAAACUCGGACACUCGAUUCGAUGGGCAGCAAGGGCAAGGCGGGUCUGGACUUUUCCGGCAAGGUGGUGUUGAUCACCGGCGCAGCCUCCGGGAUUGGGGCCGCUACGGCGGAAAUGUUCUCCAAACUGGGAGCUUGCCUGGCGCUAGUGGAUCGGGAGGAGGAGGGUCUCAUAAGGGUAAUGAAAAAAUGCAUGAAAACGGGCCACGAGCCGUACGGCAUUGCCGGAGAUCUGCUCAAGCCCGUGGAGAUGGAGUGCAUUGCGAGGAAGACCAAGGAGCGCUACGAAGGUAAACUGGAUGUCCUGGUGAAUGGGGCUGGCAUCAUGCCCACGGGUACGCUGCAGAGCACCGAACUAUCCUGCUUCACGCACGUAAUGGAGGCCAAUGUUCGAUCCGGGUUCUACCUGACCAAGUUGUUACUGCCCCAGCUGCUCCAGUGCAAGGGCACCAUCGUCAACGUGUCCAGUGUCUGUGGGCUGCGCGCCUUCCCCGAUUUGGUGGCCUACAAUAUGUCCAAGGCGGCGGUGGACCAGUUCACCCGCUCCUUGGCCCUGGAUCUCGGUUCCCAGGGUAUCCGGGUGAAUUCAGUCAAUCCGGGGGUGAUACGCACCAAUCUGCAAAAGGCCGGUGGGAUGGAUGAUCAAAGCUAUGCUGAGUUUCUGGAGCGCUCCAAAAAGACCCACGCCCUGGGCAGGAUUGGAGAGCCAGAGGAGGUUGCGUCCGCCAUUUGUUUCUUGGCCAGUGAACUGGCCAGCUUUGUGACCGGCGUCAAUCUUCCUGUAGACGGUGGCAUGCAGGUUAUGUGUCCUCGCUAAGCCCUGCAAAUGAGUCCAAUUCAAUCCUGUCCAGCCGAAAGCCUUUCCUUUUUAC